GACCGCAGCAGUCGAAAGUGGCUCUUCCGCCCGUUCGAGGGCUUGAUGUCUUUGCAGCUUCUCGCAUUCUGCUUACUUUGUGUCCCAUUGCUAUAUUCACUGGAAUAUGAUGCUCAUCUGAGCAAAAUUAUUGCAUAUCUAAUAAAGAACGAAGCAGCUUCGGAUUCUGGGUUUGGAUCUUUUAUCCAGAAUGGGGAAACCGAAAAUGAAGGCCGUUUUGCGAUAGAGAUCGAUGCGAACUACUUUGACAAUGUGAGGAACUUGGCCGAAAAAGCGGGUUUCGAAAUCGAGAAAAAGCUGCAAUCGUUCAACAAUAUCUACAUAGCAAAGCACAGGAACAGAAGGAAAAGAGAUACGGAAGAAGUGAUUGGAGAGCUUUUGGAAUCGAAGGCUGUGAAAUGGGUGGAGCCACUUGUACCUAAAUUUCGUGACAAAAGAAUCUUCUUCGCUGAUCCACAUUAUACGGACCAGUUACAAUCGUGGUCAACACUGCCAAAUAUGUCUAUUACUGAAGCAUGGGCCGAUGGGUUGACAGGUGAAGGAGUGAAUGUAGCGGUGCUUGAUGAUGGGGUGGACUACCAACAUGAUGACCUGAGCCAAGCGGUAGAUCUUGGAAUAUCAUACAGUUUUGUGGACACGGAGUCAGACGUGCUUCCUAAAUUGGGAAGUGAUCAAACACAUGGAACGCGCUGCGCAGGGAUCAUCGCUAUGACAGCUAACAACUCUAAAUGUGGAGUUGGGGUGGCUUUCAAAGCCAAAGUAGCAGCGCUCAAAGUUCUGGAUGAAAGCCAAUUCCUAAACGACGCCAUUGAAGGAGACUCCUUGGCUUUCAAAAAUGAUCAAAUUGAUAUCUACUCUGUGAGUUGGGGACCAAAGGACGAUGGCUGCUCCGCCGAGAAGCCAGGACCUCUUGCUCAAAAAGCGCUCGAGUACGGUACGAUGCAUGGUCGUCGUGGGCUUGGCUCGAUUUACGUAUGGGCUAGCGGCAACGGUGGUCGGAAUGACGAUGACUGCGCCAUGGAUGGAUAUGCAAGUAACCUGCACACGAUUACACUGGGCGUAGCUUCAUCGUCAGGGUCUCCUCCAUGGUAUGCGGAAGGCUGUAGCGCAGUGAUGGCUGCCGUAACCGAGGGAAGAACCACCGAAGGAAUGUUGACUACGGACGUUGGCAACAAAUGCGUCCAUUUCUCUGGUUCGUCUGCAGCAGCUCCUCUCGGUGCCGGAAUACUCGCUCUCGCGCUUCAGGCAAACCCACUUCUAACACAGAGAGACAUACAGCACCUCAUUGUUCGAACAAGUGAGAGAGAAAACCUUGUAAAGAGCUCACCAGAUCAAUGGGUCAUCAAUGGCGCAGGACUACCGUUUUCAAGAUAUCUCGGUUAUGGUGUGCUCAAUGCACAAAAAUUGGCCAGAGCAGCCACGAAAUGGAAACGAGUUGGACCUUUAUCGAGUUGCGCCAAGGAGCUGGUAGUUUCUAAUGGGACAUUCUAUCCUGGCUUCCCUCUGGUGCUUGACUUGCCCUUUUAUGGAUGUAAGGGGACAUCAGUGGAAGUAAAUUGGUUGGAACGCUUACAAAUAGAUAUCACUAUUGAGCACCCACGCAGAGGAUUAAUCUCGCUUUUCCUCACAAGCCCCUCAGGAACUACUGUGCAACUGCUUCAUCCGCGAAAGAACGACGAUUCAUCGGAAGGCCUUCGAGAAUGGCCUUUUGUAAGCGUAGCACAUUGGGGUGAAAACCCGGAAGGAACAUGGAAACUGAAAGUAAUGGCUGAGAGUCACAAAAAGGACGUCAAAGCUGUGGGGGUGCUGAAAUCUGUCAGGUUAGCAGCUCAUGGAACGACGGAAGAUCCGUUGAAAGAUAACGGAUUCAUUCUCAGCCUCCAUUAAUUUUCGUCGUCUUCAAAUUCGAUUCGCUUGAUUACAGUAUGACUGACAUCUGUCUGAUAUUGUUUCUUAUCUGAUGAAUGAUUUCAUAUAUGUGAUAAUUACAAAUAUUUAUUUGACCG